AUGUUUUAUGUUCAAAUUUUUUAUUUUCUGCUUGUCAAAUCAUUACUUGUUCACAGUGAAUCAUUUACAUCAACAACACAUUUAACUUAUUUAUUCAAUACAGAAGUUGAAUUAGCUAAACAGCUAGAAUCUUAUCUUCAUGAAGAAUAUGAACGAUUAGAUCGUGUAGAAAAAUUUCUCAACAUUAUUAAAGAUGAAAUCCGCCAAGCACAAGGAAAAGAAGAAAAUUAUUUUGGUAAUCCCAUCAAUGCAUAUUUAUUUACUAAACAUUUAACAGUUGAUUGGUAUGGUAUCGAAGAAAUUGCAUCUCGUGCUAUAUCAAAAGAUAUGGGUGAUAAUUGGGUAUUUCCUGCAUUUGAAGAUUAUACAGGAUCAGCUAUUGCUUUAAUGCGUUUACAAGAUACUUACAAAUUGAAUACAAGUGAAUUGGCAAGUGGAGAAAUAAGUGCAAAUUUUAAAUCAAGAAAAUUAACUGCUGUGGAAUGCUAUGAUUUGGGACGUAUUGCAUAUACCAAUAAAGAUUUUUAUCAUACAUUAAUGUGGAUGCAAGAAGCUCUCGAUCAACUCGAGAAAGAAGAGAAUAAAACAUCGGUGAAUAAAGUUGAUAUUCUUGAUCAUCUUGCAUAUGCAACAUCUCAACAAGGAAAUCUUGAACAUGCUCUAGCAGUAACAGAAGAAAUUCUUAAUAUUGUUCCUGAUCAUGUUCGAGCGAGGAAUAAUAAAGAAUAUUAUGAAGAUCUUAUUCGAAAUCAAACAUUGGGUAGUGAUGAAGAACUUAAAUUAUUUCGAAGAGUAAAAAGAAUUAAUAAUAUUCAAAUUAAAAAUGAUCGACCAAAAGAUUAUUUGGAUGAACGUGAAGCUUAUGAAGCACUUUGUCGAUCAAACGGACCCGAACUAAGUCCGAAAAUUCGAGCGAAAUUAUUUUGUCACUAUCGUCAUAAUAAUCAUCCAUAUCUUAUUUUACGACCUGUUAGAGAGGAACAAUUAUUAAAUGAUCCAGCGGUUUAUUUGUAUCAUGAUAUUAUAAGUGACAAAGAUAUUGAUGAAAUUAAAAAACUUGCUCUACCGCGGCUGAGAAGAGCAGUUGUACAAAAUCCUAAAACGGCAGAACUUGAGCCUGCCAAUUAUAGAGUGAGCAAAAGUGCUUGGUUAAGAAAUGAGGAAUCUCCAAUAGUAGCUCGUUUAUCUCGAUUGAUUGAAGCUUUGACAAAUUUAAGUAUGGCAACUGCUGAAGAUCUUCAAGUUGCAAACUAUGGUGUUGGUGGACACUAUGAACCACAUUUUGAUUUUGCACGAAAAACAGAAAAAGAUGCUUUUGCAAGUUUUGGUGCUGGCAAUCGAAUUGCUACAUGGUUAACUUACUUCACCGACGUUGAAAAAGGUGGCGCAACAGUGUUUACUGCUCGUAAUGGUUAUGUGAAACCAAAAAAAGGUAGUGCCGCAUUUUGGUAUAAUCUUCAUGCAUCCGGCGAAGGUGAUUAUACGACGCGGCAUGCUGCUUGCCCAGUAUUGAUUGGUAAUAAAUGGGUUGGUAACAAGUGGAUACAUGAGCGUGGCCAAGAAUUUCGUCGCCGUUGUUCAGUUGAUCCAAUGGCUUAG